AUGGCAAUAGCGGCAGAAAUUCAGGCCGACCUGUUGGCGACGGGUGCGAAGGCGCUCGGCAUACGCCUGUCCGAAACACAGACGAGCCGCUUUGUGAGAUACUACGAUGAGCUUGCGCGCUGGAAUGAGCGAGUUAACCUGACUUCGAUUACAGAGUGGGAAGCGGUACAAUCACGGCACUUCCUCGAUUCGCUGUCGGCGGCGCAGGCGUUGUCGCCCCAAAUGCUUCAAUCCGGUUCAUUCAUUGACGUGGGAAGCGGUGGAGGCUUUCCCGGACUACCUUUGAAAUUGGCGUUCCCGGGCAUGCGCGGCACGCUACUUGAAGCGACCGCUAAGAAGACGGCAUUCCUCGCGCACCUGUCCGAGACCCUGGAACUGGAAGACAUAUCGGUUCGCACGGGCAGAGCGGAGACGCUAGCACAUGAAGCAGAGAUGCGCGAGGCGUUCGAUAUGGCGCUUGCCAGGGCAGUUGCGGAGGUGGCGACACUCGCAGAACUGACGUUGCCGUUCGUGCGAGUGGGCGGUAUCGUGGUGAUGCACAAGAAGGCGGACAUCGCCGACGAACUGGAGCAGGCGCAGGGGGCGAUAGAGACGCUGGGCGGCAGGCUGAGGGAGGUGCUGCCGGUGACGCUACCAGGACUGGAUGAGCGGGCUCUCGUUGUGCUUGAGAAGCAGCACCCAACGCCUGAACGAUACCCCCGACGCCCUGGAAUGCCCGCGAAACGCCCCUUGACCUGA